AUGUUCGGUGAGUACAAAGUCAUCAAAAAGUGCAAAACUACAAAUGCAAGGGUAUCUGAACUUGAACUGAAGAGCAAUACUCUUCAUCUACCCAUCUUCAUGCCAGUUGCCACGUAUGGAGCAAUGAGAGGAGUCAAAGUCUCGUCUAUGCCAGAGGAGAUAAUACUCAGCAACACGUAUCAUCUCAGAAAACUAGGUAAAAACAUUAAAGAAUUUAUGAAGUGGAGCAAAAGCAUGCUUACAGAUAGCGGUGGGUUCCAAAUUCAAAGUUUACCUAACGUCGAUGUUACGGACGAUGGUGUUAUUUUUGAUAAUAAGCUUUUCAGACCAGAGGACUCCAUGGAUAUACAGAUGUGCCUGGGCGCAGAUAUAAUGAUGCAGCUUGAUGAUGUUGUUAAUCCGAAGGAGGAGCGGGCCAAGCAUGUUAAGGCAGUUAAAAGGUCCAUAGAAUGGCUGGAUCGGGCAAUUAUGCACAUAGACAAGAAGCGUGAUGAGCAAGGAGAUCAGACAAGUGGCAACAGUAAAAAGAUCAAAAAAGACUUGAGGAUUCUUCCAAUUCGCAACCAGGUUUUAUUUCCAAUUAUCCAGGGUGGACUCGAGGAGGACUUAAGAAAAAGAAGCAUUGAGGGCAUUCUAGAACGCAGACCCAUUGGAGUUGCCAUCGGCGGGCUAAGCGGGGGAGAGGACAAAGGAGAAUUCUGCAGGAUUGUACUGUACUGCUGUAAUAAUCUGCCAGAAGGGAUGCCUAGAUAUUUGAUGGGAGUAGGAUAUCCUGAAGACAUAGUAGUGUGCUGUGCACUUGGAGUGGAUAUGUCCGACUGUGUCUAUCCUACUAGAACAGCUAGGUUUGGUCGAGCCUUCCGUGAUGAGGGCGAUAUUCUGAUUGAUGGAAGAGUCCUAGGCGAUUUAACUCCCAUUGAUAAAGACUGCCAGUGCAGCACCUGCAAGACAUACAAUAAGUCUUACCUCCUAACAAUCAAAGGAACUCAGAACUUCUGCAUGCUUGUGUCCAUUCAUAAUAUGCAUUACAUGAGAAAUCUGACGCAAAGGAUUAGGAAGUCUAUUUUGUCAGAUAACUUUCCGAAGUUUGUUAAGGAAUAUAUGGAAAAUAGAUUCAAGGACGACAUUCCACUAUGGAUCAAAGAGACAUUGUCCAAAUUUGGCAUUAACUUUAUUCAAUGA